AUGACGCUGGAAGCUCUGUGCACGACCAGCAGCGACGUCCUCGUCUACGACACCUUCAACGCCGCCGCCGCCGCUGCGUGCGCCGCUUCUGCGGGGACGGGGAGCUUCCUCUUCGGCAAUGCAGCACCGGUGGAGGUGCCGCCGGCGUCCCAGGCGAACGGGGAGAACGGCGUGCAGCAGGUGCGGAGGAAGCGGCGGCGGCGGCAGAGGAGCACCAAGAGCGCCGAGGAUGCCGAGAGCCAGCGGAUGACCCACAUCGCCGUCGAGCGCAACCGCCGCCGCCAGAUGAACGAGUACCUCGCCGCGCUCCGCUCGCUCAUGCCGGACUCCUACGUCCACCGGAGCGAUCAGGCGUCCAUCGUUAGCGGCGCCAUCGAUUUCGUGAAGGAGCUCGAGCAGCAGCUGCAGUCCCUGGAGGCGCAGAAGCUGGCUUUGAACCGGAAGCUGCAGCAGCAGCGCAGCGACACGGCGGCGGAGCGCGACGCGGCGCAAUCGGCACCAGGCCGUGAUGACCCCGCGUCCGCCGGCAACCCCGGCGCGGGCGCGGGCGCGGAUGCCGCGGCGCGCAGCGAGGGGUCGGCGCUGGAGCCGGAGCCGCAGGCGCCUCCGUUCGCGCGGUUCUUCCGGUACCCGCAGUACGCGUGGCGCCACGCCACGCCAACGCGGGAGGACGCUACUGUCGUGGUCGGCGCGGGCGCUGAGGAGGCGAGCCGCGCGUCCGCGGUGGCGGACGUGGAGGUGGGCGUGGUGGUGGACGCGCACGCCAGCCUCCGCGUGAUGGCGCCGCGGCGGCCCGGGCAGCUGCUGCGGAUGGUGGCCGGGAUGCAGGCGCUCGGCCUCGCCGUGCUGCACCUCAACGUGGUCACCGCGCCCGACGCCACGGCGCUCUACACGCUCAGCCUCAAGGUGGAGGAAGGGUGCGGCCUGGCGACGGCGGAGGACAUCGCCGCGGCGGUGCACCAUGUCCUCUGCAUCAUCGACGCGGAGGCGAGCAGCAGGGCAGCCUAG